AUACAAGUAUGAGACGUUCUUUGUAUUCCGUGUACACGUAGCCAGUGUACGAUACUCAAGAGAGCGAGCAAGAGCAAGGUCUAGAGCGAGUUGACGGUAAGAGCGAGCGAGGAGGCGUUUGACCUCUUUUGACAGGGUUGUUUGUUGACCAAACAUGGUACCGAACGCGGGGGCGCGCAUCAGCAAUCCAUAUCCUCCUCCUCAAAACUACCUUCCUCACCCUCACCUCCAAUCCACCAUUCAAAUACCUAUGUUGGGCUCAAACAUUCAGCCCAACAAGGGCCUCCAAAACCCUCAGCAGCAGGGCCCCCAACAACAGCAAGGCCCGAACCCAUCAGAAAUACCCUUGCCUCCACAGAGCGGUCAAGAUUUCACCCUUUCAAGCGUACUACACUUCCUCCAAACUGAGUGGAGACGAUAUGAACGCGACAGGAAUGAAUGGGAGAUUGAAAGGGCAGAGAUGCGGGCUCGUAUUGCGCUCCUCGAAGGCGAGAGGAGGUCAUUUGACAAUGUCAAGCUGGAUCUCAUGCGUCGUAUCAAGAUGCUCGAGUACGCUCUGAGGGUUGAGCGCAGCUCGAAGCAGUUGGGGCAACCAUCUUCACAAUCUAUUCCACCUGCGAAACUGGCAACAAUACAGUCUCAGUCAGGAGGUGGAAGCCAGAAGGAAGAUACUCUGAGCCACAAGGAUGGGAGCAGCGGGAGUUCACCUCGUAGUGAAGACUCUCCCCUCCCACCCGUUGGACCUGUUGCCAAUGGGUCUUCUGGCGCAGCAAGCAAACAGCAGACGUGGUCAACUACAUGGUCUGGAGCUACGGGUCUUAUGCCUGGUACACUUGGUAAGCCUGCAUUGGGGCGUGAUCCCAAGAGCAGGGCGAGGAGUAGAGAUUAUUUGAAGCAGUGUCUGCAAGAAAUCUCAUAUCUGACUUCGCCACAAGCGAUGAACCCGCUGCCCAACCGUCCUUUGCUCAGCAAUUCUUCAUUACCCGUUGCUCUGCCUAAUGUCCCUUCUUUUGACCAAAUGGCCUUCAAUGGCCGGCCAACGAAGCGGUUGCAAGACGUUGGCAAGGAGUUCCCCUUAGUUAACGGCAUGAGCGUGUUGUCGAAUACCGCCUCAUCAUCGUCUAUUGCUCAACAUGAACGACCAUCUAGUAUCGGUCCGAGCGCAACAUCGGGGCAACAGCAGCAGCAGAGUUCCGAAGGUCUAACACAACCUCCGCAGGAGCAGCAGCAACAUCAGCCACAGUUGGGUCAGCUACCGCCAGCUCCUGAUUCUGUCGGUCAACAGGCGGAAGCAAAGAGGGAGGAAGAUGAAUCGGAGAAGCAACGGCUCACUGCAAUCUUUCGGCCAGACGAAGACUUCAAGGAGAAGCUUCGACUUUCGCACGAGGCGGCAGACAGGGCUAGACUUGAGGCUGGGUCGCUGAGUGGUGCCGCAUCUUGGGAGCAAAGAUCGCAGGGCGACGAGGAGGAGGUAAGGGAUGAGGAGCCUGCGGAUAUGGAGGACGAGGAAGGGACCGAGGUAGGGGAGGGCGAGGAUGCGAAGAUCUGGAAGGCAAAGAGGACUCUUCGGAAUCACCUUGAUGCCGUACGAGCUGUUGCGUUCCAUCCAACCGAGCUAUGUCUCGCGACGGGUGGUGAUGACAGCACAGUGAAAAUAUGGCGGGUCGAUCUAACAGGACUCGCCUCGUCUGCUUCACGGGCAACGACGGAUGUGGAACCUCAACUCACCCUCCGAGGACAUUCGGCUGCGAUCACACGACUCGUGCACGCCCCUUCGAAACAGCUUCUAUACUCUGCAUCGCUUGAUUCUUCCAUUCGGAUAUGGGCGUUGCCCUCUCCUUCACAUACGACCUAUGCUCCUUACGAUGCGACGCGGGCGAGGGGAGAACUCAUCGGGCAUACUGAUGCUGUAUGGGAUCUCGCGCUUGCCCGUGAUGAGAGUACUCUGGUCAGCUGCGGUGCCGAAGGUGCUGUGAAGGUUUGGGACGUGAGUGGGCCAUCAGGAGGCGGUUCUUUGAAGUUGUCAUGGUUGUACGACGGUUUGGAUUCCGAAAACGAUCAGAAUGGCGACUCAACAGAACCCCCUGGCGCUACUGCUGUGGAGGCUAUCAAGACCGACCUUAAGAAAGUCGCCGUGGCCUAUCAGAAUGCAGCUAUCAAGAUCUUUGACAUAGAGACUGGCAAAGAAGUCUCGAAGCUACAAACCGAUAUCGGGGAUGCUUCGAGUCAAGUGAACAGUAUUGUUUCGCACCCAACGAUACCAUUACUUUUCACAGGCCACGAAGAUAAACACAUUCGCAUUUUCGAUAUCGCAACAGGUCAAUGCACGCAUUCUAUGAUUGCUCAUCUAGACGCGGUGACAUGCCUCUCAAUAGACGCCGCUGGCUUUCGUCUUGUGUCGGGAAGUCAUGACUGCUCAGUUCGGUUCUGGGACAUCCUUGACACGAAAGGAUGUGUGCAAGAGAUCACCAGUCAUCGCGAGAAAGCUCGCGAAGGAGUUCUCGCUGUAGAGUUCCACCCGACCCUACCUAUCAUGGCCAGCGCGGGCGCUGAUGGAGUUGUCAAACUCUAUGCAUCGACGUCGUCAUAGUUUUUUCCCUCUAUAACGUCGCAUUAACAAGGGAUACCUCCUUACGUCUUCUUACGAUGUCGGUAUAUAUUUGUGGAUAUGUUUUCUUUUCUCCCUCUCUGUUCACUGCUAUCUGUUUCAAUGAUAGACUUCUCGCAUUUAAUGUCGAUGUUCCAAGGACGUUAUGUCUGCUUUGGCUGUACCUUCCGUCUGAUAUACCUCGUUACGAAACUUAUGACUAUUGACCGUAAUUCAGCCUUCUCACACUCGUUUGCAUAUUCUUUAUAUUAUGUCUAGUGCGAGGAGCGAAGCGAGAACGAACGUGAUAAUGGCUACAGUGGGCGGGUAUCUAUUGAUACAACGGAACAGAUCGUAGAAGAACAAAGGGAAGUCGAAGGUAUGGAUAUAGUAUUAGCAUUCAUUAGGACGUCAGAUUGCUACAAAGGAAG